AUGCAUCCUCCAACAUGCUUUGGACUCACACCUCAAAUAUCUGAUGCUCAAGUUCAGACCAGCGCAUUCAAUCAUGGAGAAGGAUCGUUUCAACAUCCUGUUUCUUCCUUUCCUUUAGACACUCACACGCCGCUCUCAGAGCAGUUUGAUGACAUCACCUAUCCAGGCUCUGAGGUCACGGUAAUUCAUCGCGUUCCAAGCAAAGCCAUCACGAGCUAUUGGCGGCAGGACCCGAGUAGCGCCUUCCUCCUCCAUCAUGAGGCGGGAGGUGGCCGAUUCGAAAAUGGGAGUAGCAGCACAACUCUUAGUUGUGCAGAUAGUUAUCAAGCACAGCAAAAUGUACGGGAAAAUGGAAGAUCCGUUUGCGAGAGCGGAGUAAAGGCAGCCACAACAGAUGCUGACGAGGGAACUACUGUGUGUGCAGUUUCUCAAAGAUCACUUACCACGGACUGUAGCGACAAAAAUUAUCACUGUCGAAGACGACGAUCGUCGGAUGGUGCGGGUGAGCGGUACUUGCUCGGGCGCCAUCGGAAACGCUCACACAAAAGCUCUGCUCACUGCCUGUCCGAGGGCGAAAUGGGUGGUGCCGUUGGGAGUGGAGGUAGGCACGGAAGGCACCGAUGGAGUCGACGUCGAAGCGAAGAGCAUCGGCGCAGUGCUAGCACUCAUUCACCUUUAUGCAAUUGUGACUAUUCCCAUCGGAGCUCCUGGACUCACGGCUUUGACCAUGGCCAUGCAAACUCUCUGCCGACCAUGAAAAAGCACUGGUACCGCGAAUCUAAUUCAUCACCAAAGCUGCGGCGACGAAGGCCCAUAACGGGGAUGUUUGGCGCAAACUUAUUGGCCUCUCAGGAGGAGGAGCAGUGGUCGGACAGUGAACAGAUUCGUAUGCGUCUAAUCAGCCCGAAUUAUUGCGGAAUUUUAGGUCUUUCAUGUAUUUGCCUCUUGGCAGUAGGGUGCCUUCUCUCACCCAUUCUCAUGCUCUUGAUCCCUUUGAUCCUCUCUCUGGGCGGAAUGGAUGCCCAAAACUUAGCCUUCUCACCAAGAUUGCACAUAACUCAUUCGUGUAAUGUUCGCUGUGAAGCUGACUUACUCUCCAUUGCCGUGAAAAUAAUAUUGUUGUGUUUGACCACUUGGAAGCUCUACGUACAGCCGAUUGUAUGCGUCUGCCGUAGGCUACGUAUUCGUCCACUUUCUGUGUCUGCACUUCUCAAUCGUAAGUUUCGCGCUAUCGAAUGCAUAAGUUUGGACUUCUCUCCGUUUGAUCCUGCAACUCUACAUCCCUUUCCUUCUACCGAGCGGCUGAUUGGACUUACAUUGUCAGUAAAUUUUCUUGGAGUCGGUGCGACCUGCGCAUUUUGGGUGGCGUUCGCAGCACGCUGGAUGAAAUGGCUGCUACAGUCGGGGUCGGAGCACUUCUCCGCAGUCUCACAAGACCUCCAUGCGCAGUUUGGACUGCCAGCAGCUAUGGCACCUGCCGAAACCUCUGACCAGAAUGAUUCCAUCAACCCUUCCUACGCCAGCCUCGUUAGCUUCGUGCUAACCUUCACGGAUACGCUUCUUCUGCUGCAUCUAGUCGGCGUGGCAUUACGCACGUGGAAUUGUGUUAAGGGCGGGGGCAGGCAUUACGUUGUACAGGUUGUACGCUCACCGGACGGGGUGAGCAAAACCUACCGGUUGACGGGAGCCAGUCUUGAGAUGGUCGCGAUGCAGAUCAUUCAAAAGUAUAACGUAGACUUCCCACUAUACGAUGCCCAAGUCGCCAGUGCACCGUAUCGAUACAUUCGGAUCUCACCGGACUCGCCGACAAACGAGAAUUCAAAGACCUGCUCGCGCCGAGCCUCGUUGAGACUGCGUCAGAAACUGGCUUCUUUCUCCUGCCUUACACAGGAGGAGCAAGAGUACCAGAUGAAGCGUUGUAGCAGCGCAGGUGGUGGCAGUUCUUUCAAGUUCUACUCUCUUGACGGUCCGGAGGCCUGCUCUACUGCCGUCGAGUCGCUCACAACCCUGAAGGGUGGCGGGUGUAGCGACUGCGGAGAGACUGGACGGAAUGUAGGUGCGCUGUGCGCAGACCGCUACCACAGUGAGGCAGAGUUCGAACGGGUGUUGCGCAAGCGACGGAUGCGACUACUAAUUGUCACCGAGAAGGCAUUCACCGGUGUCGAGGCUGUUUCACCUGACGAGAUUCGUGUGCCUGGCUGCAGUGGGACAAUGCCACCUCGUCAAGCAGCCCAGAUCCUCUUUCCCAAAAUCAUAGUUCCUCUGCAAAAGUACCUACGAUUGACUCGAUUGCAGCAUCUCCACCCACCAGACACCAUUCUCUCGCGACUAGCUGUCUGUCUCGCUCAUUCGGCGUCUCCUGAGGCCUUUCUCUCCGUCUUCCGUAGUGAGGAACCCAGUACUAGCAUCCUCGCAGCUUUUCUGGCGCCGCGACGACCUGCGGGUAUUAGGACAGCACUCGAAACCCCAACUGGAUGCUACAGAUCGUCAUCGCUAGCUCAUAUUCAACUGGCACAGUCCUGGCGCCUCCAUCUCCUCGACGCUGAGAGCUCCUCGCGUCCUCCCGCAAUGUUUCUCAAGCCUGGGACCCGUUUCCACCUCUCUCGCGCCGGUGUCACGCUUUUCUGCCAUAUCCAUUUGGAACCGCUGCUUAGCCUCAAAAGGAUCAAACAGACGCUGCGGAUAGCAGAGGAUACUUUCACUUUCUGA